AUGCCCAACUUUCCGUUUAAGGCACGAUUCGUUCAUGCUAAACACGAAGAGAAAUCAGACAGCAAAUCGGUUUACAGAGAAUACAACAGAGAAUUUUUACUACCCAAAGGAACUAAUCCGGAAUCGAUAAAAUCAUCCCUUAGCAAAGAUGGAGUUUUGACCGUCGAAGCACCACUUCCGGCCCUGACCGGCGGAGAAAAAAUGAUUCCGAUAACGCAUUGA